AAGCUUUAUUUAUCCACGGAAUAACAAUCAACUACUAGGGUCGGUCUUCCAUAGGUAUACUUUUUAGAUAUUUAUAGCGCGCGUUAGACUAGAUAUUGCACCGACAUAGAAGUCGUUUGCAACGUUGUCACUGGAACAGAAGCAGUAUUAUUACACUGUAUAGCUAUAGAAUUGAACACAUGACCCAAAUUUGUUACGAUACGUAGCUUCCAUUGUUUCGAAACACGAUCUCGGGAUAUCGACGAGACUGGUUCUCGUUUUCGCUCGUCGCUCGCCGACAGGACACGUCUAGAUCCGAUCUGUUGCAACAGUGAAAAUGAAGGUCAUUCGAUUAUUAUUAGUGUUUUCUGCUGCUGCUGCUGCCGUCAUUAUAUUUGUAGUUUAUGGACUCGGCUCUCGACGUGGAAUGUCUUCCUAUGAGCCAAUCUAUGAUCAUCGUUUACCUCAGAGCGCGAAAGAACUGGUCGCUGUACAACAGCGAGGACAACAACAACAACAACAACAACAACAACCAAACACAGCUCCUAUCAUUGCACUACCUUCAACACCUUUGAUUGAAAUAGAUACAAAGACUGAAACUAGUGCGAAGAGAUCAUUCUGGUCUGUAUCAAACACAAGAAUUUACGAAGACAGACCCUUUCAUGUCACGGUUACUACAAGAGAUACACAAGGAAACAAGAAGACACACGGUGGUGAUUUUAUUAUUGCUACUUUGGUCAGAGAGAAGAGUCGUGGUGUAGAAUCGGCUUCAGUCUCGGGCGUUGUAUCUGAUUUAAAUAAUGGAUCCUAUGUUAUCACGUUUGUUUGUCCGUGGAGUGGAACUGCAACAAUAGUAGUUAAGAUGUGGCUGACCGACCGUAUUGUGCAGAUUUGUCGAAGCCAUCUCGAUGCCAACUAUGCAUUUCUGUGUACGUUUGGUGACAGUCUUGGUAUUAACGUAAAUUUUCAUGGUGAAAUGAAACGAGAGGAUCUUCUACGCGUCCAAUCUAUGAAAGCUAAACGCCAAGGACUGGGUAUCUGUCACAUGGAUGCGCAACCUAACAUACCUUGGAGGUCCGAUAAAACGUGCGAAAUGCGUUUCCCCAGUAAAUAUCAUUGGUAUGGGGUCUGUGACGGUCCGCGCGCUGGUCAGUCUAAGGAAUGUGUUCCUGUUCAGUGGUGUGUAUACGAUGACUCUAUGAAAGCAAGGAACAAAAAGGAAAGUAAAGAAAGUAGUAACGCAGGUAUUAUAUACGGAAAUACCAAGUCUGUUACAAUAAUAAAGGGUGACAGGAGUGAGGGAAAGGCGAGCGGCAUCGAGCCGUGCAAACCACAGCCUGUAGUCAGACCGAAAGGAUAUUGGUUGGGUAAACAGUGGAUCAACACAGACUGCUUGUUUUCUUGCAACACCAUCGAAAAGUGGCGUGAUUGUUUGUCUGGCAAGGAUCUGUAUUUGAUUGGUGCUUCUACAUUUAGGCAACUGUACACUUCCGUAUUGGAAGGGUUUGGAGUGCGCAUGCCGUGGCUAUUCAUACCAUCAUGGGACUUCAACAAAUUCUUUAAGCAGUACAAUGCUUCAGUUCGCUACAGAACACAUGGUCUUCCCCAAAUGACUAAGACUGCUAUGAACUUUUCUGCAUCUGUCUUUACAGCUGACCAUAUCGACAAGCUAGAAGGAAACGGAAAUGAGAUAGUGGUUAUCAGUUUGGUACAUCAUUUUGUUGAUUUAACUCCAGACGGAUUUCGGAAGCGCAUGGAAGACAUCUUGGAUGCAAUACGCCGUCUGAAGCGGAGAAACAAAGGCAACAAAAUUCCGAUUGUGUUUCGCGCCGAUAAUGGUCGCUCCUUCGAUUCUUUCCAUAUUAAUGCUUUUCGCAUUAGAUGGUACAAUCAAAUAGCUACAGACGUGAUCAAGGCAGCGAACCUUGGUAUCAUUGUGUACGACAUAUUUGACAUGGUUGCUGCUUGUCCAAAUCCCGAGCCCGUCCACCAGGCGGACUACGUUACGUCCGUGCAAGUGUCUCACAUUCUUAGUUUAGUUUGUUCUAAUUAGCAAUGAGACUAUUUUAACCGGAAUUGAGCAUUAUAGUAAUUAGUGCUCUCUAAUUGUUUAAUUGUUAUACAUUCUAAAUCUCGUGAAUUGAAUGCUGAAUAGCCCAUUCUUUUCACGGGCAGAUUAGUAAGAUUAUUAAUUUUUAGUCAAUUAAUUUAACCUUCUAUGCAAAUUUAUGCAUUUUUAAUUCGUUCUGAAGA